CGAAUCCCCACCCUGCCGCUCAGCAGGUGAUGAGAUAGAAGUGGGAAGUAAACAAUCGAAACUCCAUUUGUAACUCAGCACACUUUGGAGUGUCCUCACGAACAGUCAGGAGGGAUGAAGAAGCUGAACAUGGAUUCUUGGAGAGAAAUGUUUUAUGAGAAGAUAGAGGAGGUGAAGCCACAAGACCACUGGGACCUAAAGAUGGACCAGAACCUUGAUUACAAUGACUUGGGACCUGGUUGGAAACAAUCACUGCAAGAACAUUCAUUUGCCAGCUUCCAGUGCUCAAGGUGCCAGCAUUUCUGGUCAUCAGUUCAAGUGGUUAUUCUGUUCCACAUGUACCUGGACCAGCACAGGAGAAAAGGUUGGGUGAAGAUGAGAGUCUUUAGACAAGAAUGUUAUGAGUGCUCCGAGGGUAAGUUAGAAGAGCCAAAUUUCAAGGAGGAAAGUGUCCAGAGGGUCUUGGAGAGCUUGGUCAUCAGCAUUAGGGAGAAAUGCUAUGGAGAGUAUGUGGCCCAGUUAUCUGAGGUUACAGUGAUAGGACGGCACUAUGGACCACAUCGGAGUGACCAUUGUGAGGCUUGUCUGUUGGGAAUACAUCAGAGGCCCAAACAUACAAUGUAUUAUGGAAGACCCAAAGACACAUUGUACCAUGGGACAUCCAAACACACAAUGCCACCAGUUCGGCUACCAUCACAUGAUUUACCCCAGGACACGAGUUCCUGUGAUUUCAAGUUUUGCUGUGUUUUCUGUAUUAUUUGCAUUUUAAUUUUUAUUUGUAUGAGCAGUUGGAACAUAAAGCUAUUCAAAUAUUGGGGGUAACCCCCCCCCCGAUUCAUGAAUAAUUGCAAAUACAGUCAGCUAGUUUGGUUUGCUCUGACUGGUGAGCUUGUAUUACUUAUUUUACCUGAGUGUGUAGAUAAUUGCUAGGGAUUCAACAACAUUUUCGAAAGUCCCCCAAAACUUCAUGAAUUCUGGUGGGAAUGAUUCCGAGUCGGAAAAUUCCAACCAGAACUACAUCAGUCAUCCCUCGCUUUUCUCUAGUUAUUGUUCUCCUGUUUGAAAACUUCCAGGUGGCUAAUCAAGGAGCAGAAACGAUACCACAUGACUUAGGUCACCACCCACACACCAGGAGUAAUGAAUGGCUAAAACGAACAGUUUGUGAACAGCCCCAGAGACUGAAAUUAUUUGUCUGGACUAUUUGGCAAAUCCAAUAACCAACACGUUGGAUCCAUGAACCCAGAAAGAAGCUACUUUAAUAAUGAAUAUGAUUUGUGAUGACUGAUGUAGCUGGUUCUAUCUGUUACCUUCCUGCUUUUUAAGGCAUUUGACAUUGAAAACUGAACAACAGGAGAGAAACUGGAUUUAACAACUGAACUAUUUGAGGAAAGAUGGGCUAAGGAAAUGAACUAAUUCAAAAGAGAAUCAUAGCAAUGUCAGGCUGGAGGGAAACUCAAGAGGUCAUCUAGUCCACCACCCACCAUGCCAAGGCAGGAUAAAAUAAACCUAGACCAUCCCGGAUAGAAGUUUGUCUCCCCUGCUUUCAAACACGUUCAGCGAUGGAGAUUCCACAGCCUCACUUGGUAACCUGUUCCACUGCCUAGCUAUCCCUGAAGUUUUUUCUGAUAUCCAGCCUAAAUCACCAUUGCUGCAAACAAAGCCCAUUGCUUGUUGUCCUACCCUUGGUGGACAUGGAGAAUAGUUGAUCACUGUCCUCUUGCCUUGGACGUAGUUGAAGAGAGUUAUCACAUCCUCCCUCAGCCUCCUCUUCUUUAGAGUAAACAUGCCCAAAAUCGUGGAUCCAACUGUUACAAAAAUCAUAUGUAUCCCUAAUGCAACUCAUAACACCGACUGCUUCGCUGUGAUGUAGUCAGUUACCUUUUGUGUUUGUCACCCUUUUUUCCCCUUGUGCAGGAAAUGAAUUGUCCCGUCAAUAACUGUGUGUCUCUAAAAAAAAGGAAGUAACUGAAAAAGCCAAGGUGAUGGGGAAGCUUAGUUGCUGUCUCUUUAAAUGCCCUAAUUCAGGUUGGGUAGUUACAAAGCCACAUGUGUAAUGUUGUGGUUAACAGUGAAGCAACUCUUUGGUUUGCCCUUGAAAUGAGUUGUUCCUGUUAACUAAUAUACACUGACUAGCAUGCUUACAUUUUAUGCUGGUAAUAGAUCCCUAAAUGGCCCCCUAAAGGAUUGAGCUCACAACCCUGGGUUUAGUAGGCCAAUGCUCAAACCACUGAGUUAUCCCUACCCCCUUUGCUCUAGGCCAUAUUAAUAAACUCAAGUGACAUUGAUUAUUCAGUCUCCAGUAUAUUUCAUAAUGAACCAAAGGCGGCUGAAGCAGCUGACCAGGCAAUUUACCCACAAUUCUAAGGAUUCUUUUGUAGCCUGGAUUCAGUGGUUGCUCUCCCUUGGCUGGGGAGUGGGGGCAUGGCAUAGGUUCACCCAUUACAGUACCAACUUCUGCACCAAAUGAGGCAGGGGCUAUCUAGCCUUAUUCGCUUCUCAGCCCUGCGUCAUUCCCGAGAACCACCUGUCUUGUGCACUGAAAGAAGCAGAGGUCCUGGGGAAAAUAUGGCACUCGAUCAUGUAAAUUACCUUAUCAGAAUUCAUAGGCACAAGGGAGCUGAAUUAAAGCUGCACGGGCAACCUUAGUACUGGCAUUGCCGGAAUUCAGGAUGUUGCAAUCUUAAUGUUUCGAAGCUCCCGCUCUGUCCAUCUCGCUCUUGUGGCCGAGGGGCAGCGCUGACUUGCCUCAGGGAAGUGUUUGAGUUACACACAUCAAGUGGGCACAGAUAAUCCUCACUUGUAACCAUUCCCUGCUACAGGCAAUCAGAGAUGCUGCUGCGUGGCCUUGCUUGGUACAACUGUGCAAUGCUCCCACAACAUGCUCUUCUGGUGAGUUUCCUGCCCCCUCCCCGGCAAGCCCCCAUUCCUACCCCCCCAUUCGGCUGGGUAUGAAAGGGAAUCUCUGUCCUGAACCCAGAAGAGAGAGGCAUCAACCGAAGUGUUGCACUGAGCCUGUGCCUGCAGAUGGCGCCCUGCACCCUUAGCCUGAGAUUUGAUUCCUCCCAGACAACAUUUUUAACCACCUAUUGCCUUUCGGCUGCAAUGAUUGACUCAGGGGCAGAAGUAGCCUAGAGAAGCCUGGUUGGGUUAAAUCUCCGUCGGGGUCUGUGCUGUUGAAGUGCAAUGCAAUGAAUGUUCCUCCUCUCAUCUCGUUUUGCCCCUUCUGCCUAACCGACCCCUCCAAACUAAAGCCAUAUCGAAAUUAAUAAAAUCUAAACAAAUGUAAACCCCACCCGAGGUUUUUACCCUGCAAAGGGAGAAGUGCCAUAAAAUCCACUCUGGGCUUUGCUGUUCCUAUUGAUGGUACUUGGAAAGUGAUUGGCUGCUGCGAUGGUGGGCAGUACUAUAAAACUCUAUUAGAUAGCUAGAUCCUCAGAAAUAAGUUGCUGUGACUGAGAGUUAAUUAUUCUGCUUGCUUUAUACUAAACCCAGGGCACACCGCUGGGCGUUCUAACGAAGUUGAAUUCAUUUGUGGCUCUGUCUUUCAAGCCAAAGUGGCUUUUUGGCUGCUAAAAAGUGGCCAGGGACUUCCCACCAGGCCUGUGUUUGUUUACACUGUUUCUUAGCUAUUGAACUUUGAAAAUACACAUCCAGUGAAACAUAACAGGCCAAAGUAACCCCUGAUGAAAGGCCACUGGUGCCAAUGAUUUCAGCUCUUCCACUGCGACCGAGGGCACAAGCCAGCCCCAUGUUGGCAGUGGGGACUUUUCUGAGCUUUUUUUUUUAGGGAGGAGCAGCUGUGUUCCUUGUUUCCAUGAAUAACGUGUUUCCUGUUGCCUUUGCAGGUGUGACUGGAUGUCUCCUGACAGCUCCUGCCCGUCCAGGUACACAUGCACACUCACACUCUCUCUCUCACACACGGGCACAUUGUUCAUAUACGUGCAGAUGAGACUGAAAUGAAAUGACACACUAAGAGCUCUGACCUGAGGCCCCUCUGACUUUAGGAGCCUCCCUGGGGUUCCUCAGUGGAAGAAAGGGCUUGGAGCGGGUGCUGAUUUCAGCCACUCUCACCUUCCAUCCCCGCCUUUGCUGCACCAGGCACAGGUGGUGACCAAACGCCACACCCCACCAUUUGCGCUCGAGUCUUCAUUCCCACUGGCGGGGAAAGGCCAGGAAAGCCCCACACCCCAUACCAGGGGGUUGGCUGCUGGAACAACGUCUGGGACUGAACGGCUUCAGAGGCCAGGAACGGCCGACCCCCUCACUCAGAACAAUGCUGGGUGCUGUGCCUGAGAUGCUCCAUUCCAGUCAAUAGGAGAGGGACUUCCACAGUCCCCUGGCAAAGCAGACCGCCCAGGGGUUUGCUCCAGCUCCGAUGUCGUGGGGUUUGUGCUGCAACCCUUCCCCCCUUCUGAGGCGAGCGUGUGUGUGUGUAUGUGUGUGGGGUAUGACAGCAUUGUCCAGCGCUAGUUGUGAUGCUCCUUGUCUCCAUUGGGAACGCCCUGUCUGUUCCAAAGAAACACACUGACAGUUGGUUUCCAUUGUGCACCAGCCCCGAGUCUAAUCACGCCGUGCCCAAUGGCAUUCCUGGGACCGAUGCUAUAGAAACGUACUGGGCCUCAUUUGCUAAAAAAAAGUUUCUUCAAAUAAAAAGGAGAUUUUUUAAAAAUAAA